CAUGCCCAUGCCCAUGCCCAUGCCCAUGCCCAUACCCAUACCCAUACCCAUACCCAUGCCCAUGCCCAUACCCAUACCCAUACCCAUGCCCAUGCCCAUGCCCAUGCCCAUGCCCAUGCCCAUGCCCAUGCCCAUGCCCAUGCCCAUGCCCAUGCCCAUGCCCAUGCCCAUGCCCAUGCCCAUGCCCAUGCCCAUGCCCAUGCCCAUGCCCAUGCCCAUGCCCAUCCCCAUGCCCAUGCCCAUGCCCAUGCCCAUGCCCAUGCCCAUGCCCAUACCCAUGCCCAUGCCCAUGCCCAUACCCAUACCCAUGCCCAUGCCCAUGCCCAUGCCCAUGCCCAUGCCCAUGCCCAUGCCCAUGCCCAUGCCCAUGCCCAUGCCCAUGCCCAUGCCCAUGCCCAUGCACAUGCCCAUGCCCGUGCCCAUGCCCAUGCCCAU